CCGGAAGCAGAAAGACACUGAUGUAGCUAGCCAGCAGUCUGGAUUAGCUGUCCACGUAAUUUUGUGGAAAAUUCGUCAAAUAUCACAAUGAUACGGUUGAAAAAUAUGCUGUGACUUUGCCAAACUCGAACUGUAAACACGGAGCAGGCAAUAUUUCCAACUACUAUUUUUAUAGUUUUGUAAUCGGGUUUAGCAAAGCAGCUAGCUAGCUUCCUGGCUGCCGUUAGCCUAGCUAACUAACCUUUGUCAAAUUGUAAUGGCAAGUGCUACUAGUAGCGAGGCUAUUUAAUUCGCUAGCUAACUAGCUAACGUGACCUCGUGGUGAACAUUUAAUUUCAGAGGAAGGACGUGGACGAUUUCAGAAAUUCAUUUUCCGCUACAGUAUUUAGCUAUCUGCUUCAACCAUUCCUGAAGGAUUCAAGAUGGAUGAGGACUUUGGUGGGCCAUCGCCAUCCUGCUCCACUGAACCCCAACCAACACUGUCACUAGGUCCUGACGGUAACCACGGUGACCGGGACUACACACCACAGGGGCAGGGUUACCCUGGAGGCCUUGACGGCUUCAGUGAAAUACCUAGAUUUAACAUCGUAGUCAAAGAGGAGGAGGAGGAGGAAGAUUUAGAGGAGUGGAGUUUUAAUUAUACAGGAGAGAGUCCUAACCCCAGCUCUAGUGAUGAGGCAUCAGGAGUAGCUGAACAACACCAGGAGAGUCACACCGCUAAGAAGACUUUUUACCGCUGCCCGGAGUGUGGGAAAGAGUUUCCUCACCCAUCAAAACUACAGAGACAUCUGAGAACACACACAGGAGAGAAACCAUAUCCUUGCUCUGUGUGCGGGAAGCGAUUCAGUGAUACAGGGACCCUCAAAACACAUGAGAGGUUGCACACAGGAGAGAAACCGUACACCUGCCCGGAAAAGGACUGUUGGAAGAGGUUUGUCAGCCAAGGCGAGUUAAAACUACACCAUCGGACACACACCGGAGAGAAACCUUGCCACUGCUCUGUGUGUGGGAAGAGUUUCUCACGUAUGUGGCACUUGAAGGUCCACAUGAUGACGCACGCCGGAGAGAAGCAGAGACUCAGCAUGAAGAAACCUUUCCCAUGCUCUGAGUGUGAGAGGGGCUGCAACUCUGCAGCAGAGCUCAAGAUGCACCAGAGGAUGCACACUGGGGAGAGACCUUACCAGUGUUCCACCUGCAAAAAGACCUUUGUUUUUCCAAGCUCUUUAACAAGACAUGAGCAAUCCCAUAUUAGCGAAGCGAAUAGUACCGCCAAGCCGUACAGCUGCUCAGAAUGUGGGAAGGAAUUCACUCAGCCAUGGACCUUAAAGAUACACAUGCGCCAGCACACCGGAGAGAAACCGUACCACUGCUCUCAGUGCGAGAAGAGGUUCUCAUCUUCGUCACUCCUUAAAAGACACCAGAGGGUUCACACCGGAGAGAAACCAUUCCAGUGCUCCGACUGCGGGAAGAGUUUCUCCUCGUCAGCGAAUAGAACUAGUCACCGUCGUCGUAUCCAUGAAGGUAUACAGAGUAGGUCACAGCAGCAGGAGGUGACCUCUGUGGAUGGUACCAAUAAGAUCAGUAAUCCAAAGGCACUAAGUCCAGACGAAAAGUCCAAGAAAAGUACAGCUUGUGUUGACCAAAACGACCAGGUUGAACCCACAGCUGUAGAGGAGGCUGGUCUCAAUCUAGUACUGGAUGUCAAAGUAAAAGAAGAGGAGGAAGAUCCUGCUUUUGCAGAGAGACCUGACCAUUGCUCUGACAGUGAGGAGAGUCCCUCUACAUUAGCAGAACCUGACCAACACCAGGAGAACAACAAAGCUCUGGGCCCUCACAUCUGUUCAACGUGUGGAAAAGAACUAUCCAGCUCCUAUAAACUAAUGCUACACCAGAGAACACACACAGGAGAGAAGCCUUACGAGUGUAUGGUGUGUGGGAAGGGCUUCUCCCAAGCCGCAAACCUCAAGACGCACCAGAAAGUGCACAGUGGAGAGAAACCGUACCCCUGCCCUGACUGUGGGAGCAGGUUUACUCACAUGGGAGACUUGAAGAGACACCAGUUGUUGCACUCGGGUGAGAAACCUUAUAGCUGCCCCGAGUGCGGGAAGAGUUUUUCUCAGUUGGCGCACCUGAAAUCUCACCAGCAGACACACACAGGGGAGAAACCUUUCCUCUGCGCUCACUGUGAAAAGACUUUCUCCACUGCUGCCAAGCUGAAGAACCACGAGAGAGUGCACACCGGCGAGAGACCUUACUGCUGCUCCUACUGCCCCAAGCGCUUUGCUCUAUCUGGGACACUGGUGAAGCAUGAACGACUCCACACCGGAGAAACACCGUACCAAUGUGGAGAAUGUGGUAAGGGAUUUGCUCAACUGGUGUCCUUGAAGAUACAUGCCCAAUCACACACUGGAGUCAACUUCUACAAAUGUUUCCAUUGUGAGCAGAGCUUCUCCACUUCAACCAAGCUGAAGGAACAUCAGAGAAUCCACACUGGGGAGAAUCUGUACCAAUGCACCGAAUGUGGGAAGAGUUUCACCAUCGAGUCAAAGCUACUGAAACACCAGAGAGUUCACACUGGAGAGAAACCGUACCAGUGCUCCGGGUGUGGAAUGAGGUUCUCGCUCUCUGAGAACCUACUGAGACACCAGCGUAACUCUUCAGGGAUCUGUGGUGCUGUGAGCCUUAAUCAAGCUACUGGGAGUGGGAUUCUACUUCCACAAGAUGCUUCUGUCUUCCAGAAUAUACUGGACAAGGCUGGGCACAAACCAACAGAGUCCCUGCCUUCUGACCAGAGCCAAAGUGAAGCCUCCACUCAAACUGCUGGGAUGACUGUUAAUGUUAAAGAGGAGGACCGAACACUUGGACUGAAGAUUAAAACUGAAGAACUGGAGGAUGAAGAAGAAGAGGCGGAGGAAGAGGAGGAGGAAGAAGAGGAGGAGGAAGUUGUUGGGUUGAUUAAUUCUGAUGGAGAAGAAAUGGACUGGGAUCCUUCUCUUCUUGGAUAUAAUCCCAGUCAGAGUUCUGACAUUGAAGAGAGUCCCUCUACAUCAGGAGUACCUGAACAUCACCAGGAGAACCAUACCGCUAAGAGCUCUCACUGCUGUUCAGUGUGUGGAAAAGACUGCCAAAAAUUAUCGGCGCUACAAAAACACAUGAGAAUUCACACAGGAGAGAAGCCUUACCCCUGUACUUUGUGUGGAAACCAAUUCCGUGAGAAGGGACACCUGAAAGCACAUCUGAAAACACACACUGGAGAGAAACCUUACCACUGCCCGACCUGUGGGAUGAAGUUUGCCCAUUUGGGAGCCAUGAAAAUACACCUGCUGACACACACUGGAGAGAAACCUUACCCCUGCUCUGUGUGUGGGAAGAGUUUUACCCAAUCAUCACGUUUGAAGCAACAUUUCCGGACGCACACAGGAGAGAAACCUUACUCCUGCUCUGUUUGCAGGAAGAAUUUUGCAAGACCAGCAGACCUUAAAGUACACCACAGAGAUCACACAGGUGAGAAACCUUACAGCUGCGCUGAAUGUGGCCAGAGCUUCACCAGUUCCCACAACCUAUGGAAACAUCAGAAGACCCAUCUACCACCUGGACUACCACCACCUGUUGAGUGUGACAACCACAACCAAACACCUGAGAUGAAUACUAAAAAUGAAGGACUGGAGGAGGAAGAUGAGGAGGAGGAAUUUGGUGUUCUGAUCAAUUCUGAUGGAGAAGAAGUUGGAUUGGACUUGGAUCCUCCUCGUCUCAAUCCUCGGAGUUCUGAGGAAGAGGAGAGUCCGUCAACAUCAGGAGAAACUGAACAAUACCAGGUGAACCACAAUACAGCUCUGAGGUACAGCUGCUCUGUGUGUGGGAAGCAGUUCAACCACAAAGGACAUCUGCGAAGACACGAGAGUGUACAUUCAGUUGAAAAACCUUAUGGUUGCUCAGACUGCGACAAGAUGUUCGGUUCCACCAUAGCUCUGAAUAGACACAAGAAGUUACACAGAGAAGAGAAACCUCACACUUGCACAGUGUGUGGGAAAGGUUUUGUUCAACUGUCACGUUUGAAGGAACACUACCCGACGCACUCGGGAGAGAAACCACACUGCUGCUCUGAGUGUGGGAAGCGCUUCACUACUGCGUCGUACCUCAAAACGCACAGCAAAGUCCACUUGGGGGAGAGUCCUUAUACCUGUAACAUAUGUAGGAGAGAUUGCCAGAAGUUGUCCGCAUUCAAGCUACACAUGAGGAUCCACACAGGAGAGAAGCCCUUCAGUUGCUUAGUGUGCGAGAAGCAGUUCACUCAGAAAAGACAUCUGCAAGACCACCAGAAAGUACACACGGGAGAGAAACCGUACCCCUGCCCCCACUGUGACAAGCGGUUCAGCUUCUCCUCAGCCUUGAAAAGACACCAGCAGUUACACACAGGAGAAAAACCCCACUGCUGCUUUGUGUGUGGGAAUUGUUUCUCUCAAGCAGGGCGCCUGAAAGAACACCUACGGACGCACUCGGGAGAGAGACCUUUCUCCUGCUCUGUCUGCGAGAAAACCUUCAGAAAAGCUUCUGAACUCACGAUACACAACAGAUCUCAUACAGGAGAGAGACCGUACAGCUGUGCUGAAUGUGGUAAGACCUUCACCAGUUCUAUGAAGCUGGGACGACACAAGAAGAUCCAUCAGAACACAAACACUGAAGAGAAUCUGACUAAAGAUGUGAAGAGGAUUCCAUGAUUAUUGAUGAUGAUGAAAAAGUGGAGGCUGCCUCCGCAGUUAGUGGAUGCUAGUAGGGUGAAGAGGAGGAGGAGGAGGAGCCUCUACAGUUAGUGGAUGCUAGUAGGAUGAAGAGGAGGAGGAGGAGGAGCCUCUACAGUUAGUGGAUGCUAGUAGGGUGAAGAGGAGGAGCCUCUACAGUUAGUGGAUGCUAGUAGGGUGGAUAAUCGUGAUGAUUGAGAGUGUCCCGCCUGAUGACCGUUGGUCUCCUAACGAGGUGCCGGUUUAGACUGGGAACAAUGAUGACUUCAUAAUGUAAAAAAUAUAUCUGCACACUGAUGCAUGUUUCCAAGAAUUGUAUUUUAUUUUAAGUGAGAAAUGUUUUUGUGAAAGGUUAAUGGUUUCAAGAUUAAGCCAAUUUGUAUCAAAUACAUUUAAACUAUAAAAAAAAAGCAUGAAAAGGUGAAGACAGCAGACUGAACAGUAGAAAGCGGAUAAACAACAUACUAAAACACAAUCAGUCAAUCCAACGUAAGAAAUGACAUGAGCAAACUAGCUGGUGGUAUCUAUAAACAUUUUAAUAAAGUGGUCCAUGUUCUUUCUAUUUUAUUAAGGUUAAUUCAUGUGAUAAUAUGCUAAUUAUGCAACAGUCCAAAUAGUAGGUUUGUAGUCCAUAGAAUAGCUCUUCUUCCCUGUUCUUAACACUUACAAUAACUUGUCUUUUAAUAUCAAUGUUCAGCAUCUUAGUAAACAAUGUUAUUUUAGAAAGUCGAGAUUGUUCAGAGUAGGAUAUUGCUGAAAGAAGUGUGUGUGUUUGGACAAUCAUUUCAGAAUGAGGUGUUUGUGGAAUAUUGAUAUGGAUUGUAUGUCAUAAUCAUGUUACGUGAUGUCAUAAUCAUUUUACUUGAACCACGGAAAUAAAAUUAAAGCUUGUGAA